UUGCGCACGUUCCGCACCAUGGGACUGCGCCCUUAUCCCUAUAUAUCGAUGUGCAUUUACAUCGUGUUUUUUGACCCAAAUAUGAUCCGGCUUACAAUGAGUUUGUUUAUAAAUUGUACUCGUGUUCCAUCUCAAUUUAUUGACGUAGCAACGCAAAGCAGCUAAUGGAAAAUUGCGUAGUGAAUGAAACUUUCAAUAAUGACUUUCUUUCGCAGUCUUAUUCUCAAGGCAUCGAAAGGAUUACGGGAACCAAAGAGCAUAUUACUGAUUUCCAAUUACCGAAAGAACUCUUGGAGUUUCGAGAAGAGGUUUGGCGGAACUUGUUUGAUAAGUAUAUGGAAGAGAUGUCGGAUGAGAUAGAGGUAAACGUUGACACUUUAGAACCUGAUCCCGAUGAAGAUCAAGAAGAUGAGGAGAACGAUGAACAAUUCAGCAGCAUAGAAUGUAAAAGUGGACAGCGAGCACCCAUGCGUAAACCAGCAUGCUUAGUACAAUAUUGGAUAGAUACUGGUAAUCCACCUUACAAGAUGCUCCUAAACAGAGGUGAAACGUCCGAAGCUGGUUCAUCUUUAAGCGAGAAAGAAACUGCACCUACAGACAUUUCUUCGCUUUCGACUAUAGUAAAUGGCAAUGCUUCUAACAUCGUGAAUUCGUGCAACAAGCGUAACAGCGAGUCGUCCUGCAGCUCUGUAGAUACUGCAGUUUACAUAUUGUCGAACGCGAAUGUUACAAAGAAAGCAGACACCAUAGCUAUUAUAAAAGGGGCAAAAGGUGCUGAUAAAUUUUCAAGAGGCUUCGUUAAAGCUACGAACGUUCUGUCUAACGGUAAAAUCAUGUGCAUAGGAACCAUGAGAGGUGACGGUGUGGCAUGCAAUAACAGUAAUGCUGAUGCUCCAAGGAACACAGUGGCAGAACGUGCGGCAUCAGAACCACAUAGUCAGUGGGUUACUGAUACAGUAAUGACUUCUGACGCAGUGGAGCCUUCACAGGAUUCGUGUUGCGAAGAAAUCGAUAGGAAUGACACGUCGCACGCUCACCAAAGUUUGGACGACAUUGCAUCCAUUUUCGAGCACUUCGAUAAAACGUCAAAACGGUUGAGUCAAGAUGCUAAGACGGAUGAUACUGCAAGUGACGAUGAAGUGUUAGGAAAAGAUGGCUCCCGUGGUGAACAAGCGUCAGCGAACGAUAUUACGAAAAACGUCAGCUAUCAGAACGACGCGAAGCUAACGUUGCUUCAUCGUAAGAAAUUGUAUACGGGCAGGAAUUCCCCUGUAGAUUUAAUACUCACCAAGAAACACAGUAUGAACAGAGUAUCUGAAGGAAGAAAAACUUUGCAUCCCGCUUUAGAUACCGAGAGCACAACCAAUAACAAGUUGCCUUUAGCUCACAAAGGCAAAAAUAAACUCUCUCGCCAAAGGAAUUCCAAGACGCGAAAAAGUGCACGCGGAAGAAGAAAACGUUCUACUUCUAAUAAAAAGACUGCUAACAUUGACACGGAUAACAUUAGGGAUAAAGUUGUGACUAAUGGUAUCCAAAAUUCCACCAUUGACACGUCUUUCAACAGUGCGUCCGACUUUCACAAUGAUUCACGUGUUGGACGCGAUGUAUCGCUUCGGAAUGACGAUAGCCCAAAUAUUUCUAUAAUAAAUAAACCACUCGUGCAAGAUUUAGCCUCCCUCAAUUUGAAUCCAGUGGUGCAACUGGAACGGAUUACAUCUUCUUUUACACGAGAUACAUGUGAUUCUAUUAAGAACAAUACACAAAAAAGAGUGGACACGUCCAGAAAACUGUACACUUGCAACGUCGAAAAUCUAGACUUAGAAACGAUAGACAGUGACGAGAGUACUAUUCUCAUCUGCGAGUGUAAAAAGAAUAAACAUCACAUUUCAUCUUCCAAUCAGCACUUCCUUUAUUCGUUUGUUGAAGAUGAUUCCACAUCGGAUGCUAGGAAAGAUGAUAAGAAGGAUAAAUUGUCGAGUCUUCAAACCUUGGAAUCUACUGACAUCAAGCUGAAGAAAAAAGUACUUGUAGUAUUAAAACAAUUACCACCAUCACAAUACCACAAGAAUUGCACAACAGAGAAACCACAAGAUCUGAAUGUGAGCGGCGUUACUUGUCAAAAGGUAAUGUUAGACACGUCUAUGAUGCAUUCUUACAGUUUACGUGAUAUAUUAAAUAAGAGAAACAACGUAAAAUUGCCAGAAGUUAAAAUCGUAUUGAAACGCCUGCCGACUAACUUGUAUGUUGAAAAAAGCAGCAAUGUUAACAGUACAAGUAAUUCUGCUGAUAAAAGGAACAUUUCGCGCAAUAUAAGUACGCGUAGGAAAAAAAGAAAAAGAAAAUCACGAAUCAGAACUAACAUUUCAGUUUGUGAAAACGUAAGAACAAGAAGUUCCGUUCGAACAACUCGCAAAGUCGAUUAUAACUACUCGUUAGAUACAUCUAAUGCUAUAUCCAAACAGGAGAAUCAAACUUUGGAUAAGAUAGAGUCAAAUUCUAUAUCUCAACAUGAAAGUCGUGUUAAUCAAUUUGAACGCAGCAACUAUUCAAUUUUAAGUUCCAUAUCGUCAGACGAAGAUGAUUUCAUUCAAUUAAUACAAGGUACUCGAAAAAAAUUAAAAACGUCGACAGAUGACGAGGCAAGCAAAGCAAAGCUUGUCGAGAGAAAUUCGCACGAAAAAACCAAAUUAGUUAGUAAAAAUAAAAAUUAUUUCACUAAACAUACAAGCUUGGUAAUCCAUUCUUCAAGAAAGCUUCCAUCAAAAAAAACUAAUAGGUUGAUAAACAAGAAAAAUAGAUUCAGUAGAAUCAAGACGAAAUCUUCCAGUGAUUCGGCAUCGACCGACUCAUUACAGACAAAUAAAAGUGAAAUAUUUUCAGUAUUACCAAGUAAGACUGACAAUAAUAAUUCAGCUUCGAAUUCAGAUAAACGUGGAAAAAGACAAGUUUCGUUUCUUAAUUUUAACACAGGUGAUAUCGAAAAACUAAUGAAUUCGAGUAUAAUAAGUAGAAAUAAGAUAGACUAUAAGGAUGACAAUCGCGUUGUACUUUUCCAAACCAAGACAUUUGACACUGAUUCUUCAGACUCUGAAAGAAGUAAUAGUCACGCAGUAAAAUCUCAUCGUAAAAUAGCGACGGAAAUAAAUAAUCCUACGCGUCGAAGCUCGCGAUAUUAUAAUCAUACUAACAAGAAAAAUUUCCUUGAUGAUUCUGUCACGAAGAAAUAUAAUCAAACAUAUUCAGACCCAUUAAAUUCUAGCACAAAUCGAAUGCGUGAUAUAAUAACCAGAUCGACAUCAGUAGCCAGCGAAAAAGCUAAUGUAAAUAAACGAUUUGCCAAUGGAAAAUUUAAUGAUAGCAUUAAUUCGGAAACUAGUACGGUGAGAAAUAAGCAGAUUUUUGAGAAAUUUAAGAGAUCAGCUAUUCAGCAGGAAGAUGCAAAAUCAGUAACGAAAUUAUUGACAUUUCAAACUAAAAGUUACUAUGACUCAGAUUCAUCGUAGCAUCCUGUAAUAAAUCUUUAUGUAUAUGUUGUAUGAUAUAUAUAAAUGUGUGCGUGUACGUGUGCGUGUGCGUGUGCGUGUGUGUGGUGUGUAGUGUAUAGAGGAUAUGCGUAGAUUAUAAAAUGUUUAAGAGAGAAUAUAGUUGCCACCGAAUUUCAGUAAGCACGAUGUUGAAUGCUAUAUUAUGUUGAAUGUAUGAAUAAGAUAUGGUAUGUCAUCUGCAUCAUAGCACUGAUAUCGUUAUGAUUACGACAAUAUUUUACAAGAAUUACUUUGCUCUUUUG